CUAAUUUUAGGCUAUCUUUAUUCUGUCAUAAUUCUUUUGUAAAUUUUAUCGAUAUACUUAUCCAACCGGUUUACAUUUGAUAACCAUUGCAAUUCAGGACAUGGAAUUUCAUAAACGUUAUUUUAUUUCGAGUUCGGUUUGUGUUAGGAGAUAAUAAACUUAAAAGUUGUAUUUCUAGAGGUAUCUAACAUAAAGAUUAGCCUUAAAAUGGAGCAUAAUGUUCAAGAUAAUGUAAAUGAGCUAAAACAAGAAAUAGAAAGACUUAGUAGAGAAUUAGACCAAGCAAGCAGUGAAAAAAUACAGUCCGCCCAAUAUGGUUUAGUGCUUUUGGAUGAAAAGGAAACUCUGUUAUCGAAAUGUGAGGAGUUGGAAUCCCUCUAUGAAAAUGCAAGACAUGAACUUGAAAUCACACAAGAGGCUCUGGCAAAGUUCCAAACAACGGCCAAGGUGACUACGAAAACUGGAAUUGAAACGGAAGAAUCCCUUCUGCAGGAGUCAUGCGCGAGGGAGACGUCUCUUAAUUCGACAAUUCUUGAUCUUGAAAAUGACCAGAAACUUAUGCGUCAAGAACUGGAGAGGCUGUUGGAAGAGAGGAAUCGGGUGAUACACGAGAACAAUGAGCUGCUGAAGGAGAAGGCAGAGGCGGAUACGGAGCGCAAGAGUUUGCGCGCGGAACUGAAGGAGAUCAAGUUCCGAGAGAGUCGUAUGCUGGUAGACUACUCGGAACUGGAAGAAGAGAACAUUACCCUACAGAAGCAAGUGUCAGGACUUAAGUCAUCUCAGGUUGAAUUUGAAGGAGCGAAACAUGAAAUUCGACGACUCCAAGAAGAUGUGGAGGUUUUACAACAGCAAAUGGAGGAGCUUACGAAACUGAAAGAGAUUGCUGAAAAACAAAUGGACGAAGCCCUCCAUUCUCUUCAGGCUGAAAGAGAAGCAAAGUACGCGAUGAAGAAAGAGCUUGACCACAGAAUAAACAGCGAGAGCAUGUAUAACCUUAGCAACCUGGCAUACAGUAUUAGAGAAAUAACGGACGACGGCGCUAUCGGCAGUGAUGAGGACGAUCUUCCUGUACUCAGGAGAAUCGAGGCGGAUCUCAAGAGUGGAUCGGACUUGGCGUCUCCUGACGGUAAACAAGUCGACCUCUUCAGCGAGAUCCAUCUCAACGAGCUCAAGAAACUGGAAAAGCAGGUCGAACAGAUGGAAGGUGAGAAGUGUCAGUUGACGACGAGUCUACGCGAGUCACAACAGGAGGCUGAGCAGAGCAAAGCUGAGUUGCAGGCAAUACUGACUCGUCUGGUGCAGCUACGAGCACACAUAGACUCUCUGCAACACGUCAAGAAACAAGCAGACGCUCUGCCCACUGAAAAAAUGUCAGAACUGGCUCUUCUGCAGUAUAGGCAAUGGAUGACAUUGGCCACCCGAGAGAUUGAACAGUUCCAAAAAGAGCUGGAACAGCUGGAGAAGAACCUCAACUGUUCUGAUGCAACUCUGCAACUGAGGACUGAACUGACGGAUCUCAAGAACAAGCUGCUGGACAGUCAGCAACGUAGCCUCGAGCUAGAGUCGGACGUGAGACUGCUGGGACAGCUGGCGGGCGAGGCUAGUGACAAUCUGGCCACUGCACAGAACGACCUGCUCACAGUCAGCGAGGAACUGGCCAAGCUGUACCACCACGUGUGUACUGUCAACGGUGAGACACCUACGAGAGUGUUACUGGACCAUCAGAAACACACCGAUCCCAGUGAGUCCAGACUCAAAACUGACAUGGACAGCAAGGAGCUGGAGAGUCUGCAGGAUGCUGCUACUAUCAAGGCUCAUGUGGAGACUCUGUUGGACCAGAUAUGGCAUUUGCGCAGCGCUGUCAACCACACAUUGGAGCGAGCCAAGGCCGGCGGCACUUCCAACACAGAGGCCGGGCACAAUCUGGGUAGUGAGGAGGUACAAGAACUGCAGGAGAAAGUGAUAGAGCUCAAGUCACUGCUGUCCACCAAGCGAGAGCAGAUAGCUACACUCCGAACGGUGCUCAAAUCCAACCAGAACACAGCGCAAGUGGCUCUAAACAACCUCAAGUCCAAGUACGACAAUGAGAAGACGGUGGUGAGCGAGACCAUGACCAAACUGCGGAACGAGCUUCGAGUCUUGAAAGAAGACGCAGCUACUUUCUCCAGUUUGCGAGCCAUGUUCGCUGCUCGCUGUGAGGAGUACGUGACUCAGGUAGACGAGUUGCAACGACAACUCGAGGCAGCUGAGGAAGAGAAGAAGACAUUGAACCAGCUGUUAAGACUGGCCGUUCAGCAGAAGCUAGCGCUGACUCAACGUCUCGAGGAGAUUGAGGUGGACCGUGAGAUGCGCAAUGCUCGACGACCGCCUCAGAACAACGCAGCGCGAGGAAUGAGCAGAGCCAGAUUCACUAACCCUCGGAGAGAUUAGUUUGAAGACCUUCCAACAAAAGGUGGACGUUAGAUAGUAAUAAGUCUUAGGUAAGACCUUCCCCUCACAAAAAAUAAUGGCUGGGUCAUACUUUUAAGGAUUAAAAUCCGACUACCAACCAUCCGAUUUCAAGGAGUGUCGGAAACGUAAAACGUUAGAUUAAAUACUUAGGCAUAAUUUUAUAUUUAAGGUAAAUAUGUAUUGUACAGAAUGCCUCAAGGUAUUUUACAAACUUAAGUUGAAGUUUUAUCUAAUGUCAAUUACUUUAUCAAAAGUUCUUUUGCUUUUGUCAAAAAUUAAUUUGAGUGAGAAUACUCAAAUUAAUACCGUAUUUAAUUUCUUUAUUAUGGGGUAUGGCCAUGUUAAAUGUGGUAUAGGAAGUAGUUGUUAUGCGAUAGCGGUCCAAACAUAACCUAUUAGAUGGGUUGAUGCUGUUUAUGUUUUUGUAAUUAAUUGUAUUAAUUUGCACCUAGCUCGGUAACUACCAUUUUCAACACUUUGGCAGCUAAAUGUGAAUGUGAGUUCCAUUUUGUAAUUUAUUUUUAUACUUAAAUCUAUUCAUAUACUUUUAAGCUAUACACCGAUGUUAUUUAUUGUUGUUUUUUACUGUUUAGUAGUCCUACUGUUGAUAUUUUUCAAUUUGUAUUAGUUUAUAAACGAUUAAUCAUUUAUCAAAGUAUUAUUUUCUAAAAAUAUUUUAACUUUUUAAAUUUGUUAUGAUUAAAAAUGUUAACAUUUUUGAAACUGUUUAGUGCCCCGUUUUUACUGUGGACGUCCUAAUACAUUUAUGAGCAAUACCUAAGUUGGAUGCAUCUAUUUAGAUUUAUAAUGACCUUUUAAUUUUCUUUUUUGGUUGUGCAAAAGUUGAGUUAACAACGUAGAUAGGAUGAUAAGCCAGUGAAAUAUUUGUUAUCAGCAAAGAACACAGCCCCUUCUGAAAAUACAUAGCUAAAUUUUCUGAAAAUUUAGAUGUAGAAAUAAGGACUUUGGUUUUUUUCUAAUUUCCAUGUCUGCCAGUUUUACUUUACUCGCUAUAUUUUGUUGAGCGCUCCUUUAACUUUUGGUUUGUUAAAAAAAAUGUUUACAGGGCAUGCAGUCAUUUGUGUAAGGUUUGAUUUUUCUGUUGAACUAAUUGUUGAUGUUAUGAUGUUUGCAAUUCGAUGUAUAAUUGGGUGCGGGCUCUAACAAAUUUUUCCAUCGUCUGUCUCUUUUAGGGUCAGGGUUCAAUCAGGGUUAAUCAGGGUUGCAAAUUUGAAAAUCCAACCAAAGUGAUUAAAAUAUAUCGGUUAUAUUUUUUGUAUAUUGUUGGUGACACUGUUACGGUCUAUCUCAGUAGGCCUAAUCUUCCAUUGUUACAAGUAGAUAAAUUUCUGUCGGAUUGUAUAUCCACUGAGAUACUUUUGUGUUUCUUUCAGUUCUACAUGAAUUGUAAGAAAUUAAUGAGUUGGGAGCUCGCACCUGGCAAGCCAAGCUUUGUACAAUGCAGAUGUGUAAAUAGCGUAAGAGUUGAGUUCCGUCGUUGUUCCACCGCCGUCCAUGCCCUCACUGCCGUCCCUGGAAUAAUCCACCUCUCAAUCUGUUCCGUCAUUUCCAAUAUUUGAAAGUGGAUCGAACGUACGCGGGGUUCCAAUUGUGUCUCUUAAUCCCUUAAUUUAAAUUUUUACAUUUUUGUGUUUUUUUUUUUCAAGCGGAAUUUGUUACUCUAAUGUGCCUGUCUUGGAAAAGAGGUUUGGUCGCUUUCUAGACACAUUACAAGGUAUGGUUGCCAUUUCAAUGAAAAGUAUUAAAGUAAAGUAUUUAUACUAAGGUUGUUGUAUCACUUUAUGUUUCUUUAGUUGUAGGCCUAAAUAAAGGGAAUGUUUACUCUGGCAACCGUUGUGGUUACUCUGGCAACCAUUGUGGUUAUUGCGGCAACCAUUAUAGUUAAUUUGGUCAACUUCAUUAUCAGAGAGUGGAACCUGUUGCAGACUAAUUGUAUGAAAUCUUGUUAUUCUUUUACAUGAUUUAAGCCACCACUUACACUUUGAGUGCCAUGUGAAUCCAUAGUGGUCUCACACCGAGUAAGGACUCUCUUGCCCCGUGAGACCACGUUGGACUCACAUGCUAGUUCUGGAUAAACUGCCCUGUGAAGUAAACUUGGCUUCACAGAAGGCAUUAAACCAUAUGUAGUCUUAAAAUAAUGGGCCAGAACGUCAAGAAACUGCAUUUGGCCUGUGGUUCUGUGAAGCCAGUG